AGUCUGCUCUUUCUGUGUUGGCUGACUCCCUCAACGGAUUUAGCCCGAUUGGUAGUAAUGAGUUCGGGGAGCUCAGACAUGGUUGGAGUUGCCCUGGGAACGGCCUUCUCCCUCCUGCUCUUUGCCUCAAUAACACAAGGGGACCGGGACGUUGAAAUAUUCCACCAUGAAAGCAUCAAAGCAGUAGCGGGCCAGAACGUUACCUUGCCGUGCACUGUAAAAAGCAGUUCUCCUGUCAAUAUUGUCAACAUUGAAUGGAGAAAGAAAGACACAAAGCUGGCUGUCUACACCCCGGAUUAUGGUUUCCAUCUAUUUUGGCUUAACAUCACCAUGCAGAUCGAGAACAAUUCGAUGGGCUCCCAUCUUCAACUUUACGGUGUGACAAAACAGGACAGUGGUGUCUAUGUUUGUCACAUUGCAAGUUUUCCCCAUGGCUCCAUCACGAAAGAAACCGUGCUCGAGAUCACAGAUGAAGUUAAUAUUACAUGUGAUGUGGACGGCGCAGUCGAGGUCCAUGCUGGAGACAAUGUGACCAUUAACUGCACACGGUUCCACGAUGCAAAGUACAAGUGGACCAAGAAUGAGGCUCUGGUGUCAGACAAUGAAUCUCUGGAGCUCUGGUUUGUGGCUGACGCUCACACAGGGAACUAUACGCUGAGCGUCGACAUGGGAAACCAAACGGUGCAUAAAGAGUUUGUCAUCACGGUGCUGACAGCGACCACAAGCACCAGGACGGAUCAGACUUGGACGCUUCCGUCGCGGUCUAAUUCCACCGAGGAGGGUUGGAUCCAAUCAGCAGGCGGCGGCGGCCUCCUCACCACACCCCCGACCGCCGCGCUGUCAACAACUGACGCCGGUGUGACUUGGACCGUAAAUGUGACGACUGACGUAAAAGAUGAUGCCCCAAGCUACAGGAAUGUCACAGGCGCAGAGCACGUGACCUCUUCAACCAACUCUACGCGCGGGGGCGUGACGGUGACCCCCGCCGCUCACACUGAUCCCCUCAGCAACUCCACUGACCAGGAGCCACACGCCACUCACAACGUCACCACACCCGCCCUCCCUGACCCACAAGUGACCAGCAAUCUGUCCACCACAAUGAGUUACGGCCAUGAGGUUUUCGGGUGGACACAGGGGGCGGAGAACGAGUCGGUGGGAGGUGACCCCGGCGCGGCCUCGACGCCGAGCGCCGGGAGAACGACGGUGGUCGUUCAGAACGAAGGUCCUGGGGAGCCGAAGAGUCAUCUGAUGUUUUUGGUAAUCCUUGUUCCAGCCGUGGCGUUGAUGGCCGCCGUCGGCUUUCUCUACUUGAGACGAAAGCAGAAGGAGAGGUGGGGUCUGCCGCCUCCGUUCAAACCUCCUCCUCCUCCAGUCAAGUACACAGCUGCAAGACCCCGUGAGGGCUCGACACACCCUUUCGCCACUUCGAGAUGCAACUCUGUGACUCAGGUUUAAGAUAUAAAACAAAAUGUUCGUCAAUGCAUAAUGCCAAUGUGUUGGCAAUGGCAGUUGAUACAUUGAUAGUGUUGGUGGGGGUACUGUGUGUGUGCGUUGUUUCCUGUCUUGGUUACAUGCACAAUUACAAAAUACAUCACCUGCAGGUAUGGAAAGUGAAAAAUGCAAUUUUUUUUCUCAAACUUAAAAGCUGGUUUAAUGUAACCCUGGGGAUCUGUGACUCAGGCUAAUAGGAGGUUAUCUUUAAACCAGAAGCAGCAGGACCCUUAACUCCUACUUUCUCCUGAAGCCUUUGUCCAUAGUGAAAGAAUGUGUGUGACUGGUAAGUUAGUUGUGCCUUAAAUGGGUGUGAAUGGGGGAUUCAUUUUAAAGCAUGCACUUAUUGUAUGUCGCUUUGGAUAAAAGCGUCAGCUAAAUGACAUGUAAUGUAAAGUGCUUUCAGUGGUCAGAAGGUUCUGUAGAAGUCAAGGUAUUGUUUAAAUUGACCUUGCUUGAUGGCAGGGAAAGUGUGUGAUUUACCUUCUUUUACUGUAUUCUUGCAAUGUUCUACAUUAUUCACUGUAAAUUUCUAUGCUUCAAAAUUGGAUGCUGUGAUGAAUAAACAUUAUAUUUCCAUAAAAAAAAAAAUAAUUAAACAUUAUAUUUC